GCAAACAGAGCGGUCAGCUGACUCGGCGGAGUGCGCCGUCAUCCCGGCUAUAAGCGCGCGGCCUCCCGGCGCUCGGCUCCGACCCCGCCGCCGCCACCAUGCAGCCCCCAAGCCUGCUGCUGCUCGUCCUCGGGCUGCUCGCUGCGCCUGCCGCCGCGCUCGUCCGAAUCCCGCUGCACAAGUUCACCUCUGUGCGCCGGACCAUGUCGGAGUUGGGGGGCCCCGUGGAGGAUCUGAUCGCCAGAGGCCCCAUUUCAAAAUACGCCCAGGGGGUGCCCAGUGUGGUGGGCGGUCCCGUUCCGGAGGUGCUCAAGAACUACAUGGACGCGCAGUACUACGGGGAGAUCGGCAUCGGGACGCCCCCGCAGUGCUUCACGGUCGUCUUCGACACGGGCUCCUCCAACCUGUGGGUCCCGUCGAUCCACUGCAAGCUGCUGGACAUCGCCUGCUGGGUGCACCACAAGUACAACAGCGGCAAGUCCAGCACCUACGUGAAGAACGGCACCAGCUUCGACAUCCACUACGGUUCCGGCAGCCUCUCCGGGUACCUGAGCCAGGACACCGUGUCGGUGCCCUGUAAGUCGGGUCUGUCGAGCCUGGCUGGUGUCAAGGUGGAGAGGCAGACGUUCGGGGAAGCCACCAAGCAGCCGGGCAUCACCUUCAUCGCGGCCAAGUUCGACGGCAUCCUGGGCAUGGCGUACCCCCGCAUCUCGGUCAACAACGUGCUUCCCGUCUUUGAUAACCUGAUGCAGCAGAAGCUGGUAGAGAAGAACAUCUUCUCCUUCUACCUGAACAGGGACCCCGGCGCGCAGCCCGGGGGUGAGCUCAUGCUGGGCGGCACAGACUCCAAGUACUACAAGGGUCCCCUGUCCUACCUCAAUGUGACCCGCAAGGCGUACUGGCAGGUCCACAUGGAACAGGUGGAUGUGGGCAGCAGCCUGACCUUGUGCAAGGGGGGCUGCGAGGCCAUUGUGGACACGGGCACGUCCCUCAUCGUGGGCCCUGUGGACGAGGUACGAGAGCUGCAGAAGGCCAUCGGGGCUGUGCCGCUGAUCCAGGGCGAGUACAUGAUCCCCUGUGAGAAGGUGUCCACCCUGCCCGAGGUCACCCUGAAGCUGGGCGGCAAACCCUACAAGCUGUCGUCCGAGGACUACACGCUCAAGGUGUCGCAGGGCGGGAAGACCAUCUGCUUGAGUGGCUUCAUGGGCAUGGACAUCCCCCCGCCCGGCGGGCCGCUCUGGAUCCUGGGGGACGUCUUCAUCGGCUGCUACUACACCGUGUUCGACCGGGACCAGAACCGUGUGGGCCUGGCCGAGGCCACCAGGCUCUAGCUGCCCGCCCGCUGGGGAGGAAGGGGUCUGGCAGGAGGAGGCCGGCCGCCCCCGCCCUCCCGGCCACCCCUGCCGCACACACUCACGCUCAGACUCACACUCACAGCCCAGCUCUGCAGGCACCAGGCUCUCGGGCUGCCGUUUUGUUCUGUGGUUUCCCUGGCCUUGGCGUCUCUGUCUGUCUAGUAGAGGGCGGGGUGCGGGGCAGCAGCCACUAGGCUGACCCCGAGUCGAGCCACGUCACUAACU